CUGGGAGGUGCUGAAAUCUCUUAGUGGCCCUUUCGGCGUGAUUGGUAAACUUGACAGUUACUGACGGGCAUCCAUGGCAACCACGAAACCAAUCUGCCAAGUCCAAUAGAAAAUCAGCAGAGGGGCUGACUGUCUUUUCCCCCUUCAAAAUACAUCUCGGUUCUAGUUUUUAUACUCUUGUACUUUCAACCUACCAAGUUCACCAGCCUAUUGCUGCAGUAGCCAGUCAGAGGGCAUCGUUCCUCAGUGUUUUUAACCGUUGAUCUGUUAACUUCAGGAUUGCCUUUUUGUCUGGAUCCGACUCACAGAGAGCGAGAGGGAGAGAAGGAUAAGCGCGAGAGGGGAGCGUGUGAUUGAGAGAGAGACGGAGAGGAAACGAGAAGCCUCCAUGUUUCAGCUGCCUAUCUUGAAUUUUAGCCCCCAGCAGGUUGCGGGGGUUUGCGAGACCCUGGAAGAGAGCGGGGACAUUGAGCGCCUCGGUCGCUUCCUCUGGUCUCUGCCCGUCGCCCCCGCAGCCUGCGAGGUCCUCAACAAGAAUGAGUCGGUGCUUAGGGCGCGGGCCAUCGUGGCCUACCACACCGGGAAUUUCCGAGAACUUUACCACAUCCUGGAGAACCACAAGUUCACCAAAGAGUCUCACACUAAACUACAGGCCCUGUGGCUGGAGGCGCACUACCAAGAGGCAGAGAAGCUGCGGGGCCGCCCGCUAGGUCCAGUGGACAAAUACAGGGUGCGGAAGAAGUUCCCUCUACCCAGAACGAUAUGGGACGGAGAGCAAAAGACCCACUGCUUCAAGGAGAGAACCCGACAUUUGUUGCGAGAAUGGUACUUGCAGGACCCUUACCCGAACCCGAGCAAAAAGAGGGAGCUCGCGCAGGCUACUGGACUUACUCCCACACAAGUCGGAAACUGGUUCAAAAAUCGUAGACAAAGGGAUAGAGCGGCGGCUGCGAAAAAUAGGCUACAGCAAGGGAUGUCCCAAGGCUCGGUUCGGUCUUUGGCAGAUGAUGAUGGAACCGUCGAUCGACUCGGUCCCGCCUCCAGUCCCGAGGCAAGUCUGUCAAGCAAAGCCGCCACCUCGGCUAUCUCUAUCACUUCCAGCGACAGCGAAUGUGACAUCUAAUGGCGCACAAGGCAGUCCAGAGGAGGAAGAGGAUAAAUUGACAGGAGAUAAAUGAAGGAGAUCCUGAAAGACAAUCUAACAUAAAAACAGUCAUAGUGCCUGCGUUUGAAUUGAAAGAAACUGUUCUUCUUUGAUGACUGCCAAAACAUGAGGGUUCUGACGGAAUGCCCUGUCUUAAAGCUAUAGCCUGCUUUCAUUUUGUUUUCGUUUUCAACUAUGGAUGACUGAAGCUAAUACAAGCUGAUAGAAAAUGUAAAGAAAAAACAUAUUCAUAUUCACGAUCCCUUUUUAGGGAGGACUAAUAAACCAAUGCCUCAAGAUGAAAAAAAAAAAAAAAAAGGAAAAAAGGAGAAGACAUUUGAGCGCCUAACCUGCUAUUUUCUGUGGGUAUUUCAUGUUGAAAAGACGCUGUAAUAUUUUUUACUUUACUUUUAAAGUUUUAUAAAUAAUGUUUAUUUACUUAUUUAAAUGAUUGGCGCUGUUAAAAUUUGAUAUUAUUUUGCUUGGUGUUUUUAAUAUUUACCUUGUCCACAGGUGAACCCGUUGAGCAUGUGCGCUUUAGUGAACAUGCGUUUCAAUAAAAAAGACAAAAAAGUAGCCGAAAGAAACCUAAUAAAACAAUUGUUGAUCAAAAGAACAAAACAUCAGUAUUUUUAUUUUCAGAUAUUGAGAAUGGUGUUUGUAGUUAUUGUAUUACUCGAUUAUUAGCCUACUUGAUAUUAUUAUCGAGUAGCGCCUAAUUUGGCAUGAUCAAUUAGAUGAUAUUUUGGGGGUUUGGAAAGAUAUUUAGAAUAUGAUAUAUGUGUGACAGACUAUUUCAAAUAUUGUCCUAUGACAGGCCUAUAGUGUGAUGCAGCCAACUGUAUUAUGUUGUGCCUCUGCAUUGGCCUGAUGGAGUGGUCUAUAUAUCUGAGUAUUUAGACAUGUUAAUAAGUAGGCUACUUAACUACCACAUAUCUUGAUAUGUGUGUGGACUCUUGAGUGAGAAAAAUGAGUUUCUUCUUUAUAAUGCCACACUUUGUGCCCUGACACGUCCUCGACGUAAUUGGACAACAUGCUUCGCGUCAUGUAAUGCGGCAUGACAGCGAGAGGUCAGAGAAAGGCCGUCUCACAAAAUGAGAUGGUCUCGGAGUCCCGGAGUAAAAACAAAUAGGCCUACACAACACCAGAAUAUGAAAUGCGCUCUGGCUGACUGAUGAGUAGUAGCCAAUAGAAAUAGGUAUUGGCCAUUUUAUUAUUUAAAAUCAAAGAUGAUUUUAAAACCUAUCACAUAGGCUAUAGGCAUCGAUUUAUGGAUGAUAGGCUAAAACGUUUCCUAGAAUUGAAUCUGCAAGCGACAGGUUACUGUUCGAUCGUGGAUCUGAGCCAUUUUUCCUUUAUCGUAGAAUUAAUGUUUGAUAGCCUAAUGUCUGCCACGAUUAGGCCUAUUGCCGAUUUUCUUAUGAGAGUCUACAAGGUUGAUAGCAUACAACAUAUUUCAUGUUUCAGGUAUUUGAGUAUGGUCUGUUAUUUUUAUUUGGUCAUUAAUGGUUCAGUUAAACAUAUGACGUGUUUAGGGGUAUAGGCAGAAAUGCUUGAAGCAGACCAUGUUAUGGUGGGCUGAAAAACGCAAUGGCUAUGAUACAUGUAGUUGUAUGAUGUUAUGAUCAGACGUGAUGCAGUUUUUAUUUUGUGAUAGGGUUUAGCCUACCCACCUAUAGAUAGGCCCUUAGUGUUUUUUAUAUAUAUAUAUUUUUUUUUGCAUGACGGUUUAGGCUAGUAUUUACAACUAGCACACAUCCCUGCCUAUGAUGAAUAUAUGCCUAAUUAAUUUUCUAUUGGAACGUAAAGAUGAGGGUAAACCGUGCAUACACAUGCGUUUAAACUGUUCGGUCCCUCUUUAUAUGCGCUCACAGGAUGUCAGCCCAAAUGAGCAACGAAAAUGAGAAGUAGGCUACUGUUUUUUCAACGGCUCCAGAGUUCUGGUUUUGGACAAACACCUGGGUUUUCAUCCAAUUUGCAAUUAAUUACAGUAGCCAGUGAAAAGGACAAGCUGUAUUUCUCCAAACAUCUUUCAGCUGGAAAAACACAGAAAGCCAAUGCAGUGUUUCGGGUUUUGGAUAAAAAGAGAGAGGAAUAAAAAGAGAGAGGAAGCAAGUGAGGGGAAGAAAGGGGGGGCUUUGAGUUUCUUUCAAAUCAUGGGGACAAAAUGGCUGAAUAUUUCCGUUUCUAUUGAAAAUCAGGGCAACUAGGGGCCACACAUGAAAAAGUCUUUUUAGCAGUCAAUAAAGUUGUCAGCGGUAAUCAGCACUAAUGAUGCGGUCUACGGUCCCGCGCAAACAAAGGGGCGCUCCCAAUGUUUUGUGAGUGGAAGCAACACGAGUUUGUUCCCCUUCAAAGAAUGAACUGCUGUCAUGGUAUAGUCUGCCAGCCUGGGUACGGAAGUCAGAAUUUUUGUAAAGUGUGUGUGUUUGUGUGUU